CGGUUAACAGAGCAACAGGGACGUUGCAAUUGAUAGUGGUGAUUUUCACUGAAUUUCUGUGUACAUAUUUGUUAUGGAAUGGUAUGAUAACAUGAUUUAGGAUCGAUAUUUUGUAUUAAAGAUAGAAUGUCUUGUUUCUGUACAAAAUGUUUUGAAUGCUGACAUAAACAAUGGCAUCUGGUGGCAGACCUAACAUGAACAUAAUUACCACUGGGGCUGGUGACUAUGAUGAGGAUUACGUACGGAAAAAGAUUGAGAGAGCAAAUUUAAAAGUAGCCGCAGCCAUGGAAAAAAUAAAAAAGGCACAAAAACAAGUAACGUAUGUAGAGGACAGUAGCUCAGAUUCAUCAGACGAUGAGAUGGGAGAUCUUCUUUCUCCUCAAGAUUUUAAUAAGAAUCCAGAUGGAGCAGCAAUCCAUAUUAAAAAGCAGAUUGGGAAUGGCGCCAUCGCCAACAUAAGGAUUGGUAGUGCUAAGAAUAUUCAAGUUGGAGACAGGAACACUAUGGUUAUAAACAAGGGUACCAGAACUCCCCGCCAAGAGAAGAGGGAGGAAGACAUGAUGUCCAUAGAAGAUGUAACGCCUCCACCAGAACUGACUACUGCACAACAGGCAGUACUAGAUUCAGACAAAAUUGUUGAUGACGUGAAACUACAGGCCCUUACCACAGUAAUCGGGAAACAGUAUCGACGAAUAUUCAGGAAAUUAGAAAUAUAUGAUGAGGAUAUUGACCAACUCUAUCAGGACUACAAAGGAGACGGCAUUCGAACAGUUAUAUAUCAAGGACUUUUGAUGUGGAAGAAAAAGACUGCGAGAAAUGCAACAGUGGGGACACUUGUGAAAGCAAUUUAUGGUGUCACCAAAAACACAAAGGUCAUGGAUAGUAUGAUCAAUUAAGUCUCAAAAUAGACCCAGUCCAUCUGCGUUGUAGCACGAGCUCGGUCUUGACAACUCUUCUUCACCUAGGUUUUAUCCCUUCCCUGGAGAAAUCCGAGGUUCUUCCCUUCCAGGACUUCGUUUUCUAUGGUUGGGAAGGAUUUAUCGAAAUGAUCAUAAUUAUGGAAAAUUCUUUUCAAGACAUAAUGUUAUGUGAUUCAAAAAAGCAGUGCUCAUGUUUUAUUUACUGGCCAAUGGAAUUGGAUUUUUUGCAUUACAACAGUGAAAUUUCUAUCAUUAUUCAUUACGUUGUUGAAACAUACCAAAAUCACGCUUGUUGGCCCGGAUGGACAUGCCUGAAGGGUCUAAGUGUGGGAGGAAACUGCAGUACCCAGGAAAAAUCCAUCGGGCAGGAGAUCCCAUAUCUUUUCAUGUCCGAUCAAGGAAUCCAACCCAGGCCGCCUAGAUGAAAGGCAAGUGUACUACAGCUGUGCCACAUGGACCACACAGAAUCUUUAUAGCCUUGGCUAGAAAUACAAUGUAAUGCAUAUUGAAUAAAUCAUUUUUUUCUGAGUUUGAUUAAUUAAGUUUUCUUCCCAAUGCAAUUUUGUUUCCAGACUAUUUGUUUUGUUUCACUGGAUUUAUAGCCUCAUGACUAACCAGGGUUAUUUUGAGGUCGGGUCUCCGUGUAGUAGCUGGUGGCUACUUCACUGAACAAUAUAUGAAUGGCUGAUCUCAUAUUUUCCACAGAAAUAUAUGUCUUUUACAAGGACACAACAGAUGUAGGACAGAAUGAUCCAUAAAAUCAACUUCGUGAGAAAACACAAACUGUCCGAGUAAGGAUAAAAACACAAGAUAUCUCAGGCUUUCACCUUAGAUUGCAUUGUUCUCUGCUUUACUGGAUAAGCUAUCAUGUUCUAAGCUUUUAAACUACAAACAGAGUGUUCUUGUGUCAAUGUCAGAAUUUCUGUACAAUAUUAUACAAUUAUUGACAUUGUUUAGGCUAAUAUAAGGAAUUGUUAACCUAGUGAGGGCGGAGGGGAAUAUUAUCUUUCUCAGGUUAACAAUUCCUUGUAUUAACCUAAACAAAGUCAAUAACUGUUUGGUUAUAUGAAACAAUUCCAAUGAUACCAUUUUUCGCUAUAUGAAUUCUUAACUUAACACAGCUUAUAAAAAUCACAUGUUUAUUAAAAUAUUAACAUGUCUUAUAAAACAAAAACAACACAAAUUUUGUAGAUUUUCCAUAUAUUGUAAUUUGCAUUAAAUUGAGAAAAAAAUGAAAUUCUCUCAUUUAACAUAAGCACUUACAUGACUGGUGUUCAUGCAGUGAUUCACAUCCCCAGUUUCACUACAUUGACAUUUUUGACAUUAUUCUAUGUGUGUACAGUCAAAACACUUAUUAUCAAACUUGGCAGUAGUUUUGUCUGCUAUUUUGUUUAUGAAGGCUGUAUAUAGUCUGAUAAUCGACAAAUUUUGUGACUAUUAAAAGAUACUGAAACCCUAGAACAUCCUGUGUUUACAUUUAUAGUCGAGGUUAACAAUGUGUGAUAUUGACCUCUCAUGCAGGAAUUCGGAGACUAAGGAAAUUAAUGAUGUAUAGAUCAAGAAAACCAAUGUGCAUAAAAUAUGCAGCAAUUAGAAUAAAUCAUGGUCUCAGUCGAGGUUGAUGGAACAAUUGGUUAUCUAGAUCAAUGCUUAUGAUAAUAAAA